GGAAUUUUACUUCCGCUUCCGGGACUGCCAAUAUGAACUCUCCUGAGGAGGCGUCUGUUCCAGAAGAUGGAGUUUAUGUGGAGGAAGGAGACCAAACCAAAAGCUUGAUCCUUGCCCCAAGUCCUGCUGAGAGCAGCGAGGGCAAAGGCAGCCUCCUGGCCCCCAAAGUCAGCGAGUUCCUGCCAGUGUCCCAGCUGGAAGCAUCAGAGUCCACAUCAGUGGUCCUUUGGGCUGGCGGAUGCUGGCCAGAGUCCCCGGUGCCCGAGGAAGAGAGUGUAGAUUCCCCAGUCGAUGAGAAGGUGGUCGGUUUAGACUUCCUCUCCCCACCCAGGGUAGAGACUGUGGCCAUCGGGCAGCAGGUGUCCAACCUAGAGUCCCCAGGAGUCAGAGAGCAACCAUCCCCAGAGGGCGUUGGUGCCACCACCGAGACAGGCAGGAAAGGUCCGCAGGCCUCCGGCUCCGAGGAGGCAAAGCCAGUCUCUGCCACCACUCUCUUCCCCAAGGGACUGGAGCAAAGCAGGGCCUGGGUGACCCCGAGGAAGAGUACCUCUAGUAGGAUGGUCAUCGGCGAGGAUGCCCACGCUCCCAUCCCCGAACCUGAGUUGCCCGAUGAAUUAAAUGAGAUGCAGAUGAUGAGGGUGACCAUUUGCCUCAAAGAUGGGAGCCAGGCUAAGGCCAGUGGCCCAGCAGAGACCGGUGACCUAGGGAGACAUGUAAACGUCCAGGCCAGGGACAGCUUCAUCCGGAUGUCUUCCUCGCUACUGACCUCUACUACGCGGGGAAUCACCUCUGGCCUGGAAAGGCAGACCUCGAAGGAACUGGAAGUCUUUUCCUCUAAGAAAAAGCCAGGAACCUUAUGGGGUAAGGGAGGAGCCAAGCCCAGCUAUCCAGAAGCUCCUGUAGCCGGUGGCCUGCCCAAGGCCAGUCCUAGAAAGAAGAUGACCCCAAAGAAAAAACCGCUGUGGGAUGCCUCCGCUGUUACCCUGGGGAGAGCCUUCCAUCAGUGGGGCCAGAGACUAAAGUCAGCUCCUGCAGAACCAGCCACCUUCCCCCCAAUCUCUGGUGUCGGGCUGCCUGGGAAGUCCAAUAAAUGCUCACUGCUGCCUCUGAGGCCCAAACAGUGCAAAAACUUCUACACUGUGAAGAGAUCUGGGGCAAAGAGGACAAGGGACUUACAGUUGGUAGCCAAAGAAGACGCCGACUUAGCCAGGGAUCCCUGCUCUCAGCCUUGCCAGGGUGUGCAUCAAGAAUUCAGCGGUGGGGAUAUAAGCACCAGAAGUUUCCAGGACCCAGCAAACUCGCAGUCCUCACCCUUGAGUCAGAAAGGUGUCAUGCCUAGAAUAUCUGCACCCUCUGGUGACCAGGAAUCACCUGGGGGCCCCUCACCUCCAGAUCCAGAGAUGCAGCCCGGAAUACAGGGCUGUCCCCGUUGUCCGGAGCUACAGAAGGAAAUAGAGGACCUCAAGAAACAGCUAUCGGCCCUGCAGGCUGUCAAUGAGAAGUUCCAGGGGCUUUCAAGUUAAGGCCAAUGUGUGUCCACAGGACACGCAGCGUGUGUCCUUGAAGCCCGGUAUUUCCUCCAGGUUCUUUGCUCUUUGAAGCUGCUUUGUCUCCUGACCCUCCCCCGGUUGACAGUAGUUCAAGUGAAAGUACUUCCUAGGAAGGAAAAUAAAAGUUUGUGGCAUAAAAUAAAGAUGACUAUAAAGAA